GCCUAACUGUUAUGUUACUGUUGGUUUAACACAUGAAGUUCUAGUCCGCAGUCGUCCGGCUGUCACAAACCUUAGACAGCCCCUGGAGUACACUUGCAUGCUACAGAUACUUAACAUACGGGAGUCGGCGUACAUAGCCGACAAAACUAUUGUUGUCAUCCUCCGUAGCGUCGAACGCUUUAAAUGUUAUAAGCGGUGAGACGAAAUGAUACCAGCACAGCAACAAUUGAUAUGGAACUAAUACUUACACACAACAUAUUGUGAUAUAAUAUGAUACUGAUAGUGUAACGUGGAUAUACCCAGACCACCUGACAAAAGGAGUUAACGUAGGACAGUUCAAGUGUAAACCACAAUACUGGAUAAUUAAUCAAACCACCAAUACCUGGGAUUACCUAAGUGCAAAAAGGAUUCAACCUCGGAAACUAUAACAAAAGUGUGAUUUAAAUCAAGGAAUUAAAAAAUUAUUCAUCUUUAAUUCAAUUAAUUGGCAAGUGGAAUCAAUCUUAUUGGAUUCAAGUGAUAGUAUAAUUUUUACCACAUACACUACUGUUGUGAAGUUGCGAAAUGAAGUAUCCAAAGUUACAUCUGUCAUACUCUCUAUAAAGAGGUUAAUACUAUAGGCAGAAAAAUAACUGUGACGUCACGAAGAUACACCUGUCAUACAAUUUAUAUACAGGUAUACUAUAGGGCGUAACUGAGACGUCACAGAGAUACACCUCUUGUAGUGUCAUCAUAUAGGUAAUCCAAGACAGAGAAACAGUGACGUAAAAAAUACAACUGCCCUAUUUCAUAUACAGUGUACAGGCAGAUACCGGGGAGAGACGUUCAGUGUAGAUACUAGAUACAACUAACGUAACGUAACUGUGACGUCACAAAAACAUGUAUCUGCAUAUAGGUUGAUACUAGAGAGAAAGAGAGACUUUGGCGUACUUUAUCAUACACUUUUCUUACCACUUGCAUGUACAGUGUAUGUAAAAUCUAAAGAAACAUGGAUACUGGGAACCCAAGCAACAGCUGUUUUGGUGUAUGAAUAUGAACACGUGACUACUGGCGCACAACAGACGUACAUACCGUAAAGUAUUCAAAUACACCAGCCGUAUAGGCUGCACGCGGACAGCAGACGGACAUACCGGGAGGUACUAAGGUACAUCUGUCGUAUACGCUGCAGGCGGACAAUAGACGGACAUACCGUGAUAUGCUCGGGUACACCGUUUGUAUAGGCUACAGGCGGACUGCAGACGGACACACCGUGAGCACACCGGUCGUAUAGGCUGCAUGCGACAGCAGACGGUCAUUCUAAUUCUCGAAACAGAGAUUGUGUACCAGUGAUUACUAACGCUAGCCGAUAGAGAACUGUAAGCCGAAUUCCGGCUAGUUAACCGUAACCAGCGCCAAUAAUUCAUCAUUAACACAAACUAUUGUAUGUUUAUCCCUUCUCUCAUUAUAACAUAGCUUUCUCUGUCGGAUGUCACUUAAGUUGAGACCAGAUAACGUUUCGAUGAAAGGAAUCUUGUAGUUACUAAAUUAACCUAGUACGUCAAUUAAACAACGUGGACAAAAUCGAAUGCUUUAAAAUUGGCAAAUUGGAAUUAAUUUUCAACAGAGGACGUUCUCAUCCCAACCUCUCAGUAAAUAUUGCACCGGUUUGUCACUAGACAGCCCGCCGGGGUGUAGCGUGCCUGAGGGAGACUGGCUCAGGGGGAUGGUAGUGCUAGUGCUACUCGAUAGCAUAACUACAUCUGUCGCGUACACACCAACAUGGAAAGGCAACGAAUGAUCACAUUCUACUACUUACUACUUGUAUUUUCUCUGGCCGAAAGUGGACUGAAGGAGGAAGAGGUGGACAAGACUCUUAGAAUGGUCUUAGCGUGCAAUAAAAACCCAGGUAUGGCCAUUUCGGUGGUCAAGGAUGGCCGGAUUGUGUUUUCGAAAGGAUAUGGAGUUAAAAAUCUGGAAACCAAGGAGCCUGUUUCAAACAAAACCAUAUUUGGAAUAGCAUCGCUUUCGAAGGCCUUUGCAUCUACGCUGCUUGUCAAACUACUACACAGAACUAAAGAGAUCACCUUGGAUACGGAGAUCAGUAGAAUAUACAAUGACGACAACAUCUUUAGUGAUGACCUUCGAUCUCGUUACGUCACCAUCCGGGACCUUCUGGCACAUAACAUCGGUAUCCGUAGUAACAACUACAUGAGGUUUGACGACUCCCUAACAAGGGGAAAUAUAUACAGGCGCAUCAAGUUCCUUAGAGGACGGGGCCGGUUCCGGGAAAGUUUUUACUACAGCAAUCUCAUGUAUGGUAUCAUCACGGAUAUUGCCGAGCGACUUGGCGGGAAAAGCUGGGAGGAUCUCGUCAGAGAAGAACUUCUAAACCCAAUAGGAAUGUCGUCGACGACAUUUGCAACAGUAGCCGAGGAAAAGAAGAUAGAUCUCGCCACAGGCUACAUUGAUUUCUAUGGUGAAAUCCAUCCAGUGGCAUUUAGAUUAUCAAAAGAGUGGGGUAACCUGUGUGGUUCCGGUUGUGUGAUGAGCUCAGCGAAUGAUAUGGCUAAAUGGAUGAUGUUCCACCUCGACAAGGGACGCAACUCAUUCUCCGUGAAAGUCGUGGACGAGAGGGCGCUGUCACACACUCAUAAAGCACACAAUACCAUCGCCAAGUCGUCCAUUUUUAAAUAUUUUACCAAACCAGUGGUACCGUACACUCAUUGUCAGACCAACUACGCUCUUGGAUGGAAAAAUGGCUACUAUCGAGGAUAUGAAAUAUUGACACAUUCUGGAUCGACAUGGGGAUACCGAGCACUGAUAACACUAUUUCCGGCCAUGCGCCUUGGUAUAUAUACGUCACUGACCGGUGAGGAUUAUGGCUACAUUUUGAGGACAAAUAUACAUAAUUAUUUGGCAGACAUGUACCUUGAUGAAAAGCCAUGGCUUAACGGGUCAACGAUAUGUUCCUUCCCUGAACCGUGGUUUAGACCUGGCAAGGAGAAGCCGAAACCUUUGAUCGACAAAACACGUGCUCUUCCUAGAAAUACGACUUAUUACAUUGGAGAGUAUGAAAAUCCAGCCUACGGCCGAAUGAUUGUAGCCGUCAAUGGAACAACAGGCAAUCUGAUCAUAAAGUAUGGAGUAGUGACAUUAGGCUUGUAUCCAAAAGCUUUGAGGGACGAAUUCCAUUUCGAGACACUUGGAUUUGCCGCCUUUGUGUUAAACUUUGGAACGAUUAAGUUCAAGAUGGAAACUCUUUCAGGUUACUUUGCAGCAUUCCAGGUCACGACAUUCGACACAAAAGACCCACCAGAAUUUCAACGAUUUAUGACACAAAACGACCUCCCUAAUACUCUGUACGUUGGCGUUGCUUCCCAACGUAACAGUGCUAAUACACUACAGUCAAUGGACACUCCGCUUGGUCUUCUGAUUAUUUGGAUUAUAAACCUUUUCAUCUUCAGAAAAAUUCCUGUCUGCCGAUCAUAGCGAAUGCACAGUAGUUAAUUCUUUCAUGAGUGACCGACAGCUGACGGAGCCUUCUCCACAUUUUGGUUUUUGGAAAUAUUCCGUAAUACUCCAGUUAACGGGUUUGUGUCGCUGGGAAGUGUUACAGUGUCUGUGUCUGGUACUUGGACUAUCGAGUCUACACUAGCAAGUCGUUUGGGGAUGGGGGGGUCCGAGUUAUUAAGGUUCGGAUGCAAUUGUAAGAUCAAUCAGGUCGAUGAGGCAUUUUUCUGUCAAUCCGCGUAUCGGGAUAGAGUUUCUGGAUAUGCGAUACUAAACUUUAGUUGUUUUUGUCGGAUUAUCGAGGCACUCUUACGUGUACAUUGAGAUGAUAUUUGCCUUAUUUUGGAGAUUACAUUCAGUUGUUUGGGAAUUUCCGGAUUAGAGUUACUUCGCUUCGUUAAGUGAUUAUUCCGGAUUAACAAAGCUCUCGAUAAACGAACUUUCAAUAUCUUCUCAGGUGUGUCCACAUCAAUGCAAUAUCCUUAUAUUCAAAUAAUAUCAAUUCAGAUCAAGGGUGUUUCACUGCACUUUGAUGAAUUCAAUCUUAAAUGACGAUGAUUUAAGUUGGAAUGAUGAGGCCAACUUCGGAGUGAUUUUACUAAAUACUCUACUCCAUUAUGUGAUUGAGACAUAUUUGAUGGUCGAUAUUCCUGUUAAUAAUUAGAUGUCUGUUACACAAUUUAACGAUAUUUCGGUAAAUACCGUGUGCACAUCGCAAGAGUGGUGUUUUGGAUUACUAAGCCUUGACUUUGUUAUAAAAUGGUGAGCUCACUUCUUCUCUAAACAGCGAUCCUGACUAGCUGUCAACCAUCACACUAUUGUAAACAAAUGAAAAAAAUAAUAGUUUUGUGUCAAUGCGUCAGCAACGUCCAGACAAUAUGAGCAGAGAAUCUUUGGUCUUGUAAGACCUUCGACGUUUCAGAAAAUAUUUUGAGUUGAUUAAAAAUUUCAUACAAUUUCUUCGCUCUCAUUAUAGAAAUCGAGGCAAUAACAUUUGAAUGUCAUCAAAUUAUGAAACAUAAAAAAAAAAAAAAAAAAUGAUUAUGCCGUUUCAUUUUAUAAUGGGAUUUCAAAACUAAAUAUCAUUUAAGCGUUGUGGAGUAAAAGUACAACGAUAUUCGAAGUUGUUACGAGGAAAAGGUGAUUUGGUUUUGAUUGAUUGAUUGAUUCAUUCAUUCAUUGGUAUAGAAUUAUGGAGUUGCUGAUUUCUGAACUUUAGUUUUACUCCCCAUGUUCAAUACAGCACAGCUACGAAAAGUGCUGCGUAAAACUAUUUUGCAUGUUAUACAUGUAUAAUAAAUGUUUCAUACCCUCCCCAACAGACAUAUUUUAUAUGUCAUAUUUUUGGUUUCAUUCAUUAUAUACAUAACUUUGCAACUUUGCAUUGUAAAAUACUAAUGGUUUUUGCUUAUAUCAAUACGUCAUCAAUUAUUGCGUGUCACAUGAUAUAUACGUGCUUAGUCUGUGUGUUCCGUGCUCUGUGAUCCACGUCACCGUUUGGUAUGUCUUGUGUACUGAGGUUGUACUUAUGUAGGACCCUGGAUGACAGUGUAAUUACAGCACUCGGUAUGUGUCCGGGAAAUAUUAGAAUCAGAAAAUUUAAUAUAUCGCCUGAACUAGCUGGUGCCAUUCAAGUCUGGAUGUUGAUAGAAAUAAACCACAUAAUCAACGUCCCUGAUUUACUUUUUUUCAUGAACUGCUUUCCUUUCUUAAUUCGUGGACAAUUCCUGUGUAAUCGCUAAAGACAUGGCUUGACGAUAAAGACUUUAUCUGAAUGAGAGUGCAGUAAUUGGGUUUUUCUACGUUCUCACGCAAAUGUACCGUUCACCUAUACGAGCUGAGAGUCUCGCCGCUGUGCCGGUAGCUUUCAGGCUAUUGUGUUUUAAUCAAAAGGCAUUGUUCUCUAUGUCAUUAAGUGCAGCUUGUGAGUGAUGCUAUUUCCUAAUUCUGCGUUGGAAUACACACCGGAUGUAACGUCUUUGUAUACAUGUAGGUUUCCUUCCGGCGCAUUCUUUUUUAAGAAUGCAAUUGUAAUCUGUUUCAUUUUAAUUGUAUUUGUAAAUCAGUUAUACAGUUUGUAUUGCAAUUAACAGAAAGAAAAGAAAGUCCAUUUAUGUAUUUAUUGUCAUGAUGAAUAUUUGUGUAAGAUUAGCUGACCUUGAGAAUUUACCAUUCGGUAUAGCCUCUGCCUUAACUACAUGUAUGUACGUUCUGUACCUUUAUCUAUAUCGGAAUAUCUCUGUGUUUAUAAUAUAGAAUAAGACUUGUCUUUAACAUUUCAGAAUAAUCUGAUAAUAUAAGUUUUACAAAGCAAUGCGGAUUUUAGAUAGAAUUUCCUGGUGAAAACAUUUAGAUAACACUUUCAAUUAUAUUUAAAAUCACUAGCUAUUAGGUAGUUGUGUCUCCCUUCCCACCGUGAAAUAAUUGUUACAGAUGGUAUAUAUCGUAGCGAUCAACCGCCUAUUUCCAUUGACAGAUAUACACAAUUUCUAUUAUUUCAUAAAAUGAAAUAUAUCUGUGGAAAGUGAUUGCGUCUGGUAUAUCACAUCGUCGCCAUGGUGAUGGAACGCCGCCAUUACAUGUCUGUACCCGCUCCCCGCUAAUAAAUGGCCGAAUUUCGUGUCGUCUUGUAUUUCAUGUGGAUUUUGUCCAAAUUUCAUUUCAGAUACGAGAGAGGUCUCAAGAAAGGUUUUAUUUGUAUCUGUAUGUAUGAUAGAUUUUGGUAUCUGUGCCGAUGUAUUACUGGUGUAAUGUCAAUGGGUUUUUUUUUUCUCACUGUAUCGCUUUUAAGCUGUUUACGUACAUUGUUGUACGUGGUGAUGUAGGAAUACGUGGACCUACAUGAUGAUGAAUUGUAUAUGUCUGUGACUAGAAAAUAAAAUAUUCUAUUGUUCA